GACGAAAGUGCGACUAGCAUCGGCGGUGGGCAAGCCUAGCGGUGUAUUGUGGGAGAGACAGAAGCUACAGACCAGUGGCACACAAUAUGUGUUGGCUCUCGCCGUAAAGGAGGCAGUAUUCUUCAAGCUAAAUCAUGUAAUGUAAGCGGCGAAAGGAAAGCGAUUUCGUCUUUUCAUCAAUUAAAGAAAAAUCACUCGAUCAGACGAACCAUGUCCAAGCCAGGGGAGAGAAACAGAUUGAACGAAGACCAUGGCAGAAAGCAGAGUUCAAGUUUGGCGAACGGCAUGGACAGUCAUCCCGUCUGCGGCUCGGCGGAGAAGCGGAGUCACCACUGGAGAAGUUACAAGUUGAUCAUCGACCCGGCGCUGAAGAAGGGACCGCACAAACUGUAUCGCUACGAUGGACAGACUUUCAACAUGCCCAACCCCGGGAUGCCACCAGUGGACAUCGUCCGAGACCCCAGGAUCGGUCGUCUCUGGACUAAGUACAAAGAGACCGACCUACCAGUGCCGAAAUUUAAGAUCGAUGAGUGUUAUAUCGGCCCCGUGCCUCCAAAGGAGGUGACAUUCGCCAGGCUGAACGACAACAUUAGGGAAGGAUUUCUUACCGACAUGUGCAAAAAAUUUGGAGAAAUCGAGGAGGUCGAGAUCUUGUACAAUCCGAAGAACAAAAAGCACCUGGGAAUAGCCAAAGUUGUUUUUGAGACCGUGAAAGCCGCCAAAGUGGCCGUGCAGUCGCUUCAUGACACGUCUGUUAUGGGAAACAUCAUCCACGUGGAGCUGGACCCGAAAGGUGAGAAUCGCCUUAGGUACUUCCAGCUCCUGAUGAAUGGCACCUACACUCCGCGGACCCUGCCUGUUGGUGGAGAGGAGGCCAGAGAAGUUUCCCCUCGAAGCCUGGCAGAAGCCUUACUGGCCUGUGAGCCCAUCCGCAGGUUGUCGGAGAGCAGCGUGUCUGCUGUUGGAGGAACAUUGCCACCCAGCAGCUCCACCACUCCUCUGUCCCUGGAGACGGGCUACUCCAGCCUAAGGCAGGACACACCCCAGUCCCAGGGUACCCCUCAUACCCCACGCCAGACAGGUACGCCCUUCUCUCAAGACUCCAAUUACUCCAGUCGGCAGUCCACACCCGCGUACCAGUCCAGCCGGCCCGAGAGCUCCGGAGGUUACAAAUCUCGCAGACAUGAGAGUAAGUUCCAGGAUGCGUACAACCGCAGACCGGAGAGGCCUCAGUACCGCAGCAACAUGUACCGAAGUACGACGUCUGAACAAGGUCCCUUCAAACAGCACCAACUCACUCCACCUGAACCACCACCCUCCACCCCCUCCUUCACCUACACAGCGCCUCCCCCUGCUACACCCAACUUCAAGUCCGCCUUCUCGCCCUACCAGGCUCCUUUGCCCCCUGCGUUCCCCCCGUCAGAGCCAGCUUUCCAUCACCCAGCCCAAAGGGAGGGUGAGUACCUCCGACCGCCACAGCCGCCUCUGGCAGCUGCCACUGACUUUUUGCCCAUCAAGGAUGGACCAGAAACUCCUCCGAUCCCAGAGCCCCCACCGGAGCCCGUGGCCCAUCCGACCACCCCUCCUCCACAAACACCAGAGCACUGUCCCUCACCUGGCUCCCCCACGCUAGACCCAGAGCGCAAUAGCCUGGAUUCCCGCAUUGAGAUGCUCCUCAAGGAGAAAAGGACAAAACUGCCGUUUCUGGAGGAGCGAGACUCUGACACUGAGGUGCGAAUGGAGGGAAGUCCGAUUUCCUCCUCUUCCUCUCAGCUAUCCCCAAUUCCCCCUUACAUGAGCAGCUCCCAAGGUGGCCAGCAAAAUUCCCGUCCCUCUAGCACAGGCUUGGAGGACAUCAGUCCAACCCCACUGCCAGACUCGGAAGAUGAAGAGCCAAUUCCUGGAACUGCCUCCCUGAUCAAGAGACUCAGCUCUCCUGUCCAGGAGAAGAUGAGCAACAGUGACCUCAAAGAUGGACAUUUUCGAGGUCACACUCCCACUGAUAAAAUGGACACGGGUCAUCAGUCGUCAGGAGAAGACAUGGAAAUCUCUGACGAUGAGAUGCCUGGGACUCCAAUCACCGGGGGAGACUGUGGCAAGGGCAUUGUUGUAAACUCUGCUGUGUCCCCGAUGCAGACCAUGUCCAUCCCUCCUCCCGGCUUCCCCCCUCUGCCACACCAGGCUGGCUUCCCGAUGCCGCAUCAUCACCUGCCCCCUCACUCUGCUGUCCCAGGACAUCCUGCUCACCUGGCCGGUCAUCCUGGAGUGCCUCCCCAUAUGCUGCCACACAUGGGUCCCUACCCUCAUAGCAUGAUGCCACUGGUGCAAAUAGAGCUGAUGAACUGCUUGCGGUGGGAGCAGUGGAGCACCGUUCCCAUGUCCUUCCAGAUGCAGCAGCAGAUGCUGAGUCGCAUGGCUCAGACUAGAGGGCCCUAUCCUUAUCCACAUUUCAUGGACAGUGGUGCGUCAGGGCCUUUUGGGGGACCCUACCCGCCUCUGUCUAUGGGUGCUACACCUGCUAGUGGCGCAGGAGCACCCGGACAACAAUGGCAGCAUCCCAGUAUACCAAAGUUCAAUCCUACUGUUCCUCCUCCUGGAUAUGAGACUAAAAAGGAGGAUCCCCACAAGGCCACUGUUGAUGGUGUGCUGCUAGUCAUUGUCAAAGAGCUGAAGGCCAUAAUGAAGAGGGACCUCAACCGCAAAAUGGUGGAGGUGGUGGCUUUUAGAGCCUUUGACGACUGGUGGGAUAAGAAGGAACGCUCAGCAAAGGCAUCUUUGACUCCAGUGAAGGGUGCGGAGGCGAAGGAAGAAGAAAGACCCAAACCCAAAGAGACCAUGGGUUCAAGUCUGCUGGAAAACUGGAACAAGGGCGAGGGACUGGGCUACGAGGGAAUGGGCCUGGGAAUCGGUUUGCGAGGAGCCAUCCGCUUGCCCUCCUUUAAGGUGAAAAGGAAGCCUGAGGCUGCAGCAGCAGGGGACAGUAAACGAGCCCGACCCUCCACUCCAGUGGAUGACGAGCUGGAGGAUGAAGACCGGGAUCGAGACCCAGCUGAGCUCCCCUCGGACGAUUCCAAAAUGGACGCCGACAGUAUGUCAGCAAAGCGGCGACACUCGCGGCCACUUGAAUUGGACAGUGAGGGAGAGGAGGAGGUGGACACCUCAGGGAAAGAGGAGGAGUCAUUGUCCGACAGGGAGGAGCCUGAUGAAACAGAGGCUACCGAUAGGCUGUUGUCAGGCAAAGAGAGUGGCGAUGAGGAGGGUGAUGAUGAAGAUGAGGGAGACUCAUCCAGUGAGAGUGCUUCCUCAGAUUCGUCUGAUGACGAAGCCGAGAGUUCAGCGUCCUCCAAGGCCAGCUCAGACUCCUCAGGAGAAAGCGAAGACUCCUCUGAGUACGAGUUAAGCUCGGAAGAGGAUGAGGAGGAAGAAGAGGAGGCAGUGGCACAAGAUGUGGAGCACGAAGGCAAAGAGGCCAAGACCUCCUCAUCCUCUUCAUCUUCUACAUCUUCAUCUUCUGAUGAAGAGGAGGGGGAGAUAGAGACCAAGGCACCAAGCCCUCCUGCGGGACGGGUUCCAGAGGAUAAGGAGGACCAGGGGAGCAGGGAGCAGCUAAGCAGCAAGCCCAAACUUAGACCUCCUUGUCCUGAGGAGGAGGUAAUGGAGGACCUGAAGCCACCAUCACCCAAAGGCAUCCCAGUCAAAGAGCGAGACAUCAGUGUAGACGGCAACAUUCCUGUGGUGAAGUCUGAACCUCAGGAGCAUGUAGCGAACCUUCGGCCACCCACUCCCACAGGCGCCCUGCCCGACAGCGACCAGGAGACAAGAGCCGAAGGUAAAGCAGAGCCCGAGGAAGUAGUCUGCACCCCCGUUCGAUUAGCCCCAUCCCACUUAGAUGCAAACACACCUGUCUCCGCAUCUUUAAUGCACCUCCCUCUCCCUCCUCACCUGGCAGUAGACGGUCGUUCCCUCAUUCAUCCACCACCUGGUCCCCUGCCUGACUUCCCUCAGCGGGCCAGGCUGCCCACAGACGAGGAUAUCCCCCGCACGCCGGGCAGGGACCUGAUGGAGCGUGCCCGAAGUCUGGGCAAGUCCCAGAGCACGGACACGGUGCCCAUCACACCUGGUAGUGAAGGCCCGCUGACGGGCAGCAGCCUGUUGCUUAGCUCCCCUCACAUCCCCGGUAGUCCCUUUUCCUACCCUGCACAGUCCCCUGUCCCUAGUGCCGGAGUCCCCCGUACUCCAGGAAGAGACUUAACCUUCACCCCUGUCUUCCCUGACCCCACAGCACUGAUUCUUAAUAGGAAAAUAUCCUCUGAGAGCCUGGACGAUAGACCUGUUUUUAAGGAGCCGCCCAUCAGCGCCCUGCCUAACCAGGCCCUGUCAGCUGGAACAGAGCAUUCAGCCAGUGUCCCUGAAGAUCUGCCUGCUGGUCUCACUGUAGACGUCCCUGUGCCAUCAGAUACUGCCCCAUCAAAGAGGAAACCUGGACGACCCAAAGGCAAAAAGACCCCAGCUGUCUCCACAGCUGAUGAGUCUUUGGAGCUCUCAUCUGAGUCCACCCCACUGCCUCACGAUGCACAUCUCGGCGAUCUAUCCACGCAAAUGACGUCUGCCAAGUCCCCAGACCACCCGAGCCUGGACUUCCGGGAAGGAGAGGUGGAGCCUCAGGUGGUCCUGCCUGCCGAAGACGACUUCCUGUCCUACGAAGAUGAGGCACCUGUGGCCGUGAAACCUACACGGAGGGCGCGGCGAGGCUGGGAAGAGUUGCUGCUGGGCAGCCUGUCCCCCGUCACUUCGCCUCCCCGGUCGUACUUCACCCCACGCACUGAGUUUGAGGAGAUGACCAUCCUGUAUGACAUCUGGAACGAAGGCAUAGAUGAGGAGGACAUGCGGCUUCUGCAGAUCACUUAUGACAAGAUGCUCCAGCAGGAUAACGGCAAUGACUGGCUCAACGACACGCUCUGGGUCAACCAUCCUUCUACCAACAUCCCUGGAGUGAAGAAAAAGAGAAGAGACGACGGCAUGAGGGAUCACAUGACCGGCUGUGCGCGAAGCGAGGGAUACUACAAGAUCGACAAGAAGGACAAGAUCAAGUACCUUCAGAGCACAAAGUUGCAGUCAGAGGAGCCGCCGGUCGACACACAGGGUAUGAGCAUUCCUGCACAGGUCCACGCCUCUUCCAGAGCUGGCUCGGAGCGGCGCUCGGAGCAGCGACGUUUGCUGUCAUCGUUCGCAUGUGACAGUGAUCUGCUGAAGUUCAACCAGCUGAAGUUCCGUAAGAAAAAAAUCAGAUUCUGCAAGUCACACAUCCACGACUGGGGUCUAUUUGCCAUGGAGCCCAUUGCUGCUGAUGAAAUGGUGAUCGAGUACGUGGGACAGAACAUCAGACAGGUGAUUGCGGACAUGCGGGAGAAGCGCUACGAGGAAGAGGGCAUCGGUAGCAGCUACAUGUUCCGUGUUGACCACGACACCAUCAUAGAUGCUACGAAGUGUGGCAAUUUUGCCCGUUUCAUCAACCACAGCUGCAAUCCUAACUGUUACGCAAAGGUCAUCACAGUGGAGUCUCAAAAGAAGAUUGUGAUCUACUCCAGACAGCCCAUUAACGUCAACGAGGAGAUCACUUACGACUACAAGUUCCCCAUCGAGGACGAGAAGAUCCCCUGUUUGUGUGGGGCAGAGAACUGUAGGGGAACGCUGAAUUAACAUCCACUUGAGGUCAAUCCUCUCCAGGGUGUAAAAGUGCUGUCCUUAAACUUCAUUCAAGUUUCCCAGACACGCACAGUAUGUCGAGACCCUGGGCGAGGAGGAAGUGAAGAGGGAAGGUUUUAUUUGGGAGAAGAAACUUGCAUAGAGUUCAGCUUCCCGUGUGGCACUCUUCACAUAUUUAACUCUAGAUUGUUUACGAUUUAUGGUGCUCUUGAAAUGAAAAACGCAUAGUUUUCUAUGUCUGCCAGUGACCCAAAAUUUAUUAAACACUUGACUUGCUGGUGCAGCAUUUACCCCCCCUCCUCCUCCUCCUCCUCCUCUCAGUGACGGACAGUAUUUCAGCAUGGUUCCUUCCGCAUCCAGUCCUGGUUUGUACAGUUUUACACUUUUUCCUUCUCAUUUGUCUCAUAAGCUUUACGUACACCACACGUGGUACAAGAAAAACACAGAAUCACAUGUUCAGCUGCUUACUAACACUGUCGAGACGCACAAGCCCACCAGGAAAACACCUCUCUGUGGGUGAAGAAGUGGUCGGCACAUGAGCAGAUGGCAGACGUUGCUGUUUCCACCCAGCAGCAUGCGGGAUGGCGGUGGAGUGUCGUGGCCCGCCACGGACUGCAACCCUGCUUUCUCGCUCCUACCUCCUCUGCACCAGUUUUCUUGGAAAUAAAUCAAACUAAUAAAAAAAAAAGAAACUCAAGCAACAAAAAUCGUUAAAUCCUGCCACAAAAUCUGGAAUAUUUGGAUAUCACACCUGCUUUCACCAGCCAAUAACGGAUCAUGCUGCUUCCUAUUAGUUUAUGCAAAAAGUUAAAGAUGGCGUGUAAAAUUUGUAUUAAUGAUAUUCCAGUGUUUUCCAGUUUUGUUUAGGUAGAUUUCUUCUUGCUUGUUUUUUUCAAAGACACUAUAUUUGUGUGUUUGUGUGUGUCAGGCUUCUGAUUGAGAUAAUUUAUCAUCAUAUCUUUUGUGUGUAUAUGUGUGUGUGUGUGUGUGUGUGUGUUUGAGUGAAUGUGAGUGCACUGCCCCCUGUAGGCCGCAGCGCAGAAGGCUGACCAAUCAUGCAAAGCAAGAAAAUGUAAUCAGUUUCUGUCUACAUCCACAGGGCAGCGUUUGAAAAUACCUGUGAAACUAAGUUUUCAGCUUUGGAAGAAAUAAUUCGUUCUCAUUUUAAGUGCCAUAUGAAUGUGAAACUGUCUGUUUAACCUGAGCAGGCAGGUGAUUUUCGGGAGCUGUCACCUGGAGCUGUGUUCACAUGCACGUGCAAAGAAUUGCUGCCUUUUUUUUUUCACCGCUGAGGGUGUUUGAUGUUUCGGCUUCCUUCAUCUGUGCCUGGGGGUGACCGUCUCAUGUUUGUGUGCUCAUAGAUUCCUCUUCAACUGCAACACUUAUUACUCUACCAGUGUUCAAUGUUUGCUGCGAGACAGAAGUGUUUCUGCAACCCAGCAGACCUCUGCCCCGUAGUCCGCCAGGGUUGUUCUUUCUUUAUAAAAGUCAUUAAGAUAAAAAAAAAAUAUUUGUGAAUGCACUCGAGGCUUGCACUUCUGCUUUACCCCAGUCGCCCCUUCAAGACCACGUCAGUCAUUGCUUUUCAUUCAGUUGGAUUGAUUAUGGAGAUUUUUCUUUCUUUUUUCACCAGUGAUGUUUAUAUUGUAUAUGAUUACUUGUACAGAAGAUCUAAAGCUUUUUUAUCUUCACAGGGGUAACACUUUUAAGAUGCAUCUCUCUUUCUCUCUUUUUUUUUUUAACAAAAGACUGAGUAUUUAAGAAUAUUUUCAGGGAUCUGUAAAAGGAAUCUGAGGGUUUAAAGGGUUGUUUAUUUAAAAGAAAAAGGUCCACUGUGUACAGGAAAAGUCUCCACCUCCCUUUCGAAAGAUUGUUUCUUGUAGAAACGUCUUCAUUUUCUGCCCAUUUGCUUUGUAAUCCUAAAAUAUGUAAAUACUGUAACUGUGAAUAACUAUAUAAAUAUAUAUAUAUAUUUUUGUUCCCUGGGAUUUGCUACACGAAUACAGCUCAGAGAUCUAUGUAACAUAUGAGGUGAGCGAUGAGCUGGUAGCAGGAAAUUCAGCUUGUGUCAAGCUUUGUUUUUUUAAUUUUGGUUGUAAAUUCUAUGAAAAGUUGUUUGCGGUGUGGAGAAAAAAAACAAAGGUGCAGAAUCGGCAUGGGAAGAGGAUUGAAGCAUCAGCCUGUUUCUCAUGUCUAUUUAUUACACAACAAAUGUAUGAAAAAGGAAAAAAAUGGAAAUAAAGCAAUUUUGCAUACAUCCAUAAACA